AUGGCAUCAUCUGGUAGUGGAGUAUCCAACGCGAGCGACCCGAUGGCCUUUACCUCUGAUGACGAGGUGGCCACCGACUCGGGAGUUUACACCUCAGACACCACGAGCACUGAUGAAGACGAUUUCCAACCGUUUGCCCUACCGAUCUUCGGAGACGACGUACCCCUAGCUGAUGGCCCACCAGGAGAGGACCUACCCCUUGUUCCAAUCCCUGCCCCUCUCCCAUUUGCUGCAGUUCCCUUCGAGGAACAGCCUCUCGACGCGUUACCCGAUGACGACAUCGAUCUGCUCAUCGAGGGUCCCCCGGAGGAAGACCAGGAUGGCGGGGCCCCGAUGGAGGACGAUGUCCCGCUUGCUGUUAUCCCAGUUGUUGAUCCCGUUGUUCCUAUGGUUGAGCUUCCUGAGAUGGAGGUUCAUUCUGAUUCGUCCGCCUCAGGUUCUUUUGAGUCGGUAGCUUCCUCUAUCCCACCGUUGGGAUUCGGUUACAUUCCUCGUAUUGACGAUGAUGAGGAGAUGGAGAUGGAGGACGAGUUGGCCCCCGAGGAGCAGCCUGCUGAGGCUCCUGUUCUCCCAAAUGAUCAGAUUCCUGUUAUGCCUGCUGAUCAUCAGCCUGCUCCUGUCGGCCCAGAGCCCGUUCUUGCCCAUGACCCUGUUCCUGUCACUGAUGCACCCGUCAUUGCACCACCAGCUGUUGAAAUCCCAGAGGUAGCACCCAUACCUGACCCCAUGGCGAUUUUUGAUGACCUGGCACCGUUUGUUACCCACAUUGACCCGAGAUACGCUAACACCAGCAAUGGGUGGAUCGAGGAGGAUGACUACCCUCCGUAUGUGGUCCCAGUCACUCCCACUACCGUACCUGUUACUGCACCACUCGAUAUUCCGGUGUUUCCUCCACCCACAUCUGAUACCCAUCGUACCGAUCUCCCGAUUACUUUCCUUCAGGACAUUCCUCCGCCACGACCUGGGGAGGGAUCGUCAAGACAGCCAUUCGGCCACACACCAUUUAUGUCAGGAGAUAGCCAGUUUAUACCACAGAUUCCUUAUCAUAGCUUUGUUCCACCCGUGUUAUCUACUGCACCCUUCAUGUCUCAGUUUCCCCAUACUACUUUACCGGUUACAUUUACCCCACACACUACUCAUCCAGUUUCAGCUCCGAUGGGCGAGCCAUUUCUAUGGUCAUCACCCCAUGUUAUGCCAGUAUCCGACCCUUAUCACCCGUUUCAUGUCGGAUACUCUAUAGAGGACACGCUUGCGUCACUACAGUUACAGCAGGACGCCCUGAGACGACAUGUCCAGGAGUUAGGGAGAGCUCCACAUCCUCCAUGCCCCUGUCAGACCUCGCCUACAGCACCUCACACUCUUUUUCCAUCAUCCCAUGAUUCAGAUAUUCGUUUCCUUCCUCUUGACCAACAGGUUGCUUACGUGUUGCGUUUCGCUUAUGCCCUUGAGGAGGACUUGGUGCAUUUGCGCCGAUUGCUUUUCUCUCACUUUCCACCUCCUCCGCCGCCAUCAGCAUAG